GACCCCUAAGCCCACUCUGAAAGCCCUAAGCCCAACUGCAGCCAAUCAGACACAUCCAGCCCCCUCAAGCACCCUCAAACCUCCAACAGCCACGCUCGUCAAACUCACCAAAGAGACCGCUAAGCCCACUCCGAAAGCCCUAAACCCAACUAUAGCCAAUCAGAUUAAUCCAGCCCCCUCAACCCCCCUCAAACCUCCAACAGCCACGCUCGUCAAACUCACCAAAGAUACCCCUAAGCCCACUCCGAAAACCCUAAACCCAGCUGCAGCGAAUCAGACACAUCCAGCCCCCUCGACCCCCCUUAAGCCUCCAACAGCCACGUUUAUCAAACUCACCAAAGAGACCCCUAAACCCACUGUGAAAGCCCUAAGCCCAACUGCAGGCACUCAGACACAUCCAGCCCCCUCGACCCCCCUCAAGCCUCCAACAGCCACGUUCAUCAAACUCACCAAAGAGACCCCUAAGCCCACUGUGAAAGCCCUAAGCCCAACUGCAGGCACUCAGACACAUCCAGCCCCCUCGACCCCCUCAAACCUCCAACAGCAACGCUCGUCAAACUCACCAAAGAGACCGCUAAGCCCACUCCGAAAACCCUAAGCCCAACUGCAGGCACUCAGACACAUCCAGCCCCCUCUACCCCCCUCAAACCUCCAACAGCAACGCUCGUCAAACUCACCAAAGAGACCGCUAAGCCCACUCCGAAAGCCCUAAACCCAACUAUAGCCAAUCAAAUUAAUCCAGCCCCCUCAACCCCCUCAAACCUCCAACAGCCACGCUCGUCAAACUCACCAAAGAGACCCCUAAGCCCACUGUGAAAGCCCUAAGCCCAACUGCAGCCAAUCAGACACAUCCAGCCCCCUCAACCCCCCUCAAACCUCCAACAGCCACGCUCGUCAAACUCACCAAAGAGACCCUUAAACCCACUCCGAAAACCCUAAGCCCAGCUGCAGUGAAUCAGACACAUCCAGCCCCCUCAACCCCCCUCAAACCUCCAACAGCCACGCUCGUCAAACUCACCAAAGAGACCCUUAAGCCCACUCCGAAAACCCUAAACCCAGCUGCAGUGAAUCAGACACAUCCAGCCCCCUCGACCCCCCUCAAGCCUCCAACAGCCACGUUCAUCAAACUCACCAAAGAGACCCCUAAGCCCACUCCGAAAACCCUAAGCCCAGCUGCAGUGAAUCAGACACAUCCAGCCCCCUCGACCCCCCUCAAGCCUCCAACAGCCACGUUCAUCAAACUCACCAAAGAGACCCCUAAGCCCACUGUGAAAGCCCUAAACCCAACUGCAACCAAUCAGACACAUCCAGCCCCCUCAACCCCCCUCAAACCUCUCACAGCCAGUGGUCCAAAGACCACAACCAAAGACAAACCCUCCAUCACACUGCCGCAUCCCAUCCCCAUCAAGGUGCUCAUCACUUCUGACUCUGGCUGCAUCAGUAAGGACACCCAGAGUGACGCUAGCAACCGCACCAAGGAGCAGACCCAGACCCAUGAACUGAAGCUGAAGCCUGGCUUUCCUCUAACCCUGACCCACCGCAUCAGUCUGGUUCCUACCUCCUGCACCGGGGGAUGUGUGGCUGAGAUGGCAGCACUGAAAGGACGUGUUGGCAGGCUGGAGAAAGAGAUGUCCCUCAUGAAGAGUAAAUGUGCUUCCUGCUCCAAAGGCCCAUGUCCCAAUGACUGCAGUGCGAAUGGGAAAUGUGAGAAGGGAAGGUGUGUCUGCCUCCCAGGGUUCCUUGGUCUAGACUGCAGUAAAUGUACAGCUGGAGCUGACUGCAGUAAAAAAGGUACCAAAGAGAAAAUCCAGAUAACGGUGGAGACGGUGGCGUUGAAGGUAUCACCUGAGAGCAGUGCUAUCACAGAGAGUCUGCAGGGGAAGAAGACCAAGGCAGACCAAAUCCUCUUCCAGAACAAAACAGAGCAAAAGAAACCUACAGCCGCCAAAGAGGAUGGUGACAUCAAAAGCAAAACAAAAGGGACCACAGGUGUAAAAGCAGGGCUCACCAAGACACAAGCCAAACAAGGGGUUACUGUCACUAAAACCAAAACCACCCAUUCCAAUGCUACCAAGACUAGACUGGGCCGACCAACCGUCGGACAGGUUCUGUUGAAACACCAUGGAGGAAGAAAGCAAGAGAGCAAAGGCAAAACGACAGUUAUAAAGAAGCUGUCUAAACCUGACCUGAAGUUGAAAGGAACAGUGAAGGAGGAAUCUGGAGGUAAAGCCAAUGCUGAAGCUGGCAACCUCCAAGACCAGCCUCAAGCCAAUGUCACCCAAAGCACUGUGAAGACGUUUGUGAACAAAACCCGGUCAGGAAAAGAGACUCUGGAACAGUCGACGUUGGCUGAGAAGAAUGUGACUCUAACAUCUGGAAAGAAAACAGUCAAAAAGGUGAAAUUAGUUCAGGGGACUAUGAACGUUACAAAGGUGUCAUUGACUUUUGAUAUCACUAAGGCUGGGACGGGCAAGAUCACCCUUACAAAGGACAUUAAGACAGAGGCAGACAUCUCCUCAGGCACAUCUAAAACUACUGUGAAGACAGGGUCAGGCAAAGGCAAGACAGUCCCACGGAAGAGUCAGUAUGUUGUGAACAUGACCACUGUGGAGACCACCUCUGAAGUCAAAGUCUUCAGCAACAAGACAACAACUAUCCAGUCUUCCAAAAACACCACCAGGAAAGCAGGAACAGGAGUGGGCCGUGGACUUGGCUCUGUGAAGGUUCAGAACAUCACCACGUACGGCUUCACCCUCACAUGGUCGGCCCCAACAGCCAUGUUUAAGAACUUCACUGUGUCCAGAAGAGAGCACAGGGCAGAGGGUGAGGAAGAGGAGGAGGAAGAGGCGGAGGAGGGAGCUGCUCUCGGGGAAGAGGACAGAGUAGCCGGAGUCGUAAACUCCACCAUUGAGAUCCGAAAACAGAGCCCUAAUGGAACCGUGGCUUUCCCCACUAAAGCUCCCGGUAGCUCCAGAGGUAAAGCUCACACAAAGAGGGUGUCCGUUGUUCUCCCCGACAGCGUUCGCUCUGUGGACUUCAGUAACCUGCGACCUCAGACCCGAUACUCCCUGCACAUAUGUGGCACCACUCCCGGAUCCCGCUCCAAGAUUCACAGAGUAACCACCAUGACAGGACCUGAGCCACCCACCGAGCUGGUGUUUAGUAACGUGACAGAAGCCUCUCUUUCUGUGUCCUGGUCCAAACCAAAGAACAAAAUCUCCGGCUUCAAAAUCACAUACUCUCACUCAGUCACGGGAGAGAGUGGUUCUGUGUCUGUGGAUUCCCUGCAGUCCCAGGUGUCUCUGUCCAAGCUGUCCUCGGGGGCCACGUACGAGGUCAGUGUGAUGUCCAUCAUGGGGAAGAGAGAGAGUGAUCCCCUCAUUGCCAUCAUGACCACAGUACCUGCCCCUCCAACUGUUCUCCAAGCAAUGAACGUAACAGAUACCAAGGCAGUGCUGCAAUGGACCCCCGCCAUGGGCCAAGUAGACCGCUUCAUCAUCAGUUAUGAGUCUGCAAAAACUCCCAAUGUAACAGUGACAGUGAUGGUGUCUGGUAACUCAGUAGAGCAGCAGCUGAGAGGGCUGCAGAGAGACACCGUGUACACAGUCAAAGCCCUGAGUCAGAAAGACAGUCUGCAGAGCACAGCCAUCACUACCACCUUCACAACGGCCAGUGCUGUGAAGGCCGGUGAGGUGGGCGCUCGUUCUGCUGUUGUAUCAUGGAAAUCCCCCAGUGUUGCGUUCAGCAGAUACAGAGUGACCUAUCAGACGGCAGGAGAGGAGGUCAAGGAGGUGAUUCUGGACUCCACGGUGACGGAGUACAAGCUGACUGGACUGUUCUCUAUGUCUAAGUACACGGUGCUGGUACAGGGAGAGAGAGAGGGGCAGUACACAUCUAUUGUCACCACUGAGUUUAUCACAGGAAAACUGCGCUUCCCAUUCCCCACGGAGUGUUCCCAGGAGCUGCUGAACGGAGCGCUCCAGUCAGGAGAGGUGGAUCUUUACCCAGAGGGCAAGGAAGGGAAGGCAGUCAGAGUCUACUGUGACAUGGAGACUGAGGGAGGAGGCUGGACGGUGUUCCAGAGGAGAAUGAACGGGAAGACAGAUUUCUUCAGAACCUGGAGUGACUACACUAAUGGCUUUGGAAACCUCAGCGAGGAGUUCUGGCUCGGUAAUGAGCUGCUUCACAACCUGACCAGCAUGGGCCCAGUGAGCCUGAGAGUGGACCUGCGUUCAGGCAACGAUACGGCCUACGCCCAUUACUCCAGCUUCACCAUCCACUCAGUGGACAAACACUACGCCAUCGAGGUGUCUGGAUACACCGGCACUGCAGACUGGAAGGGCAAAGACUCGUCCAUUCCCUUUACUGAGAUGAAGUUCCGACCGGCCGGGAUCUCCAUCACAACCCACGGAUAA